UGUGCACACACUGGCCGCCACUGCUGGUCGGCUCUUCUUCUUGCCACUGCUGCAAUUAUAUAUCGCUGUUCCGUCGUCUCCGCCGAUCCACCUCCGCGCUAAAAAUCACCCAUACAAAUCAACAACGCCCCGCGAAUUAUCCGUAAAUAUUGCAAUUGCAAGUUUGAAAAUCCACUAGUGCUCUUAAUAGCUUUCGAAGCAACUGAAAAAAUUUAAAUAAAGAGUGAUAACAAAGAAAAAAAACAAAGAAACCCCUAAGGAAAGUCUAGAAAAGUGCCUGAAACCAAAUGUGUUUGCCCUGAAGUUAAAUCCCUUCAAUCCCCCUUAUCCGGCUUUAAUUCCCGUAAAGCCCCCAUUUCACCUGUUCCCACCUUCAGUCAACACGGUAAUUCCCUUACAAAAACAAGCACAUGAGUUGGAUUAAUAGGAGUCAACUGGAAUAGGCCGAAGCACCCCGGAGCACAGCUGCAAAUAUUAUGGAAAAGGCGAAGGCAUAUAUCAAAAAUGAACUUCGCGGUGGCAGCCAGCAAUCCGAGCCAGCAACCACGCCGACCCCGACCUCUCCAGCCUCUUUGCCUGGAACGCUCCCAGGGACCAAGCAGCCUUACCCGCCCGUGGAGCUGAUGCCCUCACCCGGAGCAGCCGCCCAUCGGAGCAGCAGGACACCUGGCGAGCCAUACCACUUGGGCUAUCAGCCGCAUCCCGCCCAGCAUUACUAUCCGGGAGUGAAGUCGACGGGACGGGCUUCGGCACCACCCGAUAAUCAUCAUGUGCCCAUGACCAUAUGCUUUGUGUGCGGAGGACAUGGUGGUUAUGAGCCGCAACCUUUGAGGAUUCGCCACAAUCCUGAGCGACCUGCCGAGUCAUAUUUCCCCUUUCUGGAGCGCCAUGAGCCACCGAACGGGGUGGCGGGUGUGUCACCUGGCCAGGAGUACGUGUGGGCGUGCAUGCUCUGCUUUCGAUCCCUGAACGAGCAAUGGGAUGCCUACGAGCGACAGAAGAAGCCACUGCUGCAGCGCAUCUACCAUAUGAAGCGGGUGGAUGGAAAGGGCUACAUAGGAGCCGAUGUGGCCACACAAAGCGAGUAUGCCGCCCAGGUGUUGGGCCUCAGUGCAGAGCAUCUCACCCAGAAUGGUCUGGUGGAGGGGCAUGGCGAUCCCUACGCCCUGGCACGGCACUACUCGCCGCAGCAGCAGCAGUCACAUCAUCUACACCACCACAGUACCUCAAGGAAUGCCUCACCCUCGCCAAAUCCCAGUGCUGCCGGUGGUGGUGGUGGUGGUGGUGGGGACUUCUAUCCCAGGAACUCGACGCCGUCGAGCAACCACAACAGAUACCUGAGCAGGCCACAAUCGCGGGACAUGCCAGUGGCCUCGCCCACAUCCCGACCGCCCAGCGAACCGCCGGCCAUGAAAUCCGCCGGCUAUGCCCAGCAGAAGUUUAAGCUGGGCUCUGCACCGCCGCCUGGCUACCAAGGACAGGCGCCUUAUCAUCCCGCCCAAUAUCAGCAGCUGCAGCAACAGACGGCCGCCUAUCAUUUGUUGCAGCAGGUGAACGCUGGCGGUGGGGCAUCAGAGUCGUCGCACUACAAGGGUAAUCCCUACAGUGCGUUGCCCUCACCUGGUGGCGGUCCAUUGGGACCCCCUGCACCGUCCGCACUCGAAGAUGACAAUGCCACAGUGCUAGAUUUACGGAACUCCUCCAGUUCCAGUGUCCCCCCACCGGCACCACGUCAUGGCGGCAGCAGUGCCUCAAUCUCCCAGCCAAGUCAACCGCAAUCGGAAGUGGGAAUCCUGGAUUUGUCCAUGCCGGACAAGAACUCCAUCACCGAAGUGUGCUACGUGUGCGGCGAUGAGCAGCGCAGAGGUAGUCUCAUCGAACUGAGUACGGUGAAGCCGAGGGAAACCGGUAGACCAGGACAAUCUGUGCCGUACUUUCCCCUGUUCAACGAGCAGCAUCCGCGGCCAGCAAGGUCCCGACCGAAGGAUCCCCGCGGCAUGAUCCAGGCCUGUCUGCCCUGCUACGAGGACCUCAUGCAUCAGUGGAACGCCCAUCAGGCAUCUCAUAAACCGGAAUCGGAGCGAUCUUAUCAGCUGCGAAAACGCUCGACGCCCGUGGCGGAAAGAACCACUUUCGUUUGCUACACCUGUGGCACGGACACGCCCUCCUCGCAACUUCGCCUUGUCUACUGCUGCCCAAAUGCCGAAAGGGAACCCUACUAUCCGUUCAUCAAGACCAUGAAGGUCUACAAAAACGCCAGUCCAAUAAGUCCUCAAGGCAUGGUUCAGGUGUGUUCCACCUGCAAUGAGAAGCACACCGGCCUGGCGGAGGGUGGUCCACCACCAGCUUCGUCCAGCAACCACUCGGCAGUGGGUGGGGGUUCACCAAGUGCUGGUCACUCGCUGGAAUCGAACUCGGCCAUGUACAGUGCCAGUGGAGCGAUAGCCGGAAAUAGUGGGGCUCAAUUCGGGGGUCGUAACUCACCGUCCGAGAAAUCCCUGGCCAAUUCGGACUCCACAAGCAAUGUGCGGUUUAGGCCCUACGAGACGAACUCGAACAAUUCCAACUCAAACACGGCACGCGACCUGAAGCAAAUUCGUCGCAGCGAUUCGCGCCCCAAUUCGCCAAGUUCCAGUCAAGGAGCCAUCGAAAAUGGUCAUGGGCAGUAUCCAUGCUCCAUUUGCAAAGUGCUGUGCCCGUCAAACAAAAUGGAUUGGCUGUCCACCAGUGCCGAGCACAUGAACUCCCAUGCCAUGCACUUUCCCUGUCUCAAGGCCAAUGUCGUAACCAGCAAUAAUAACAAUAAUAACAAUACCAACAAUAACAACAACAAUAUCAACAACAACAACGAACUAAACAGCAAUCGCGUGUUGGCCUGCAAGGACUGCAAGGAUUACUUGGCCAGCCAGUGGGAGACGAUGGAUGCGGAUCGGGUUCCCCUCGAGCACAGAAGAUACAACAUUCCCUCGCCCAUGCUGACCUCCAGCUCACCCAACGGAUCUCGGCACGGCGCCAUGAGCAUCAACACUCCGCCCUCCACGCCAUCCAUUUCAUCCUCGACGCCUGCCAGCACAUCAAUCUACUGCUAUCUCUGCGGCCUCCACUCGGACCUGACGUUAGCCAGGGUUCUCUAUGCCAGUAAAGAGGGCUCGCGACCUUAUUUUCCACUGUUGCUCAAACACAACUCGCUACCUAAUGCGGAACAGCUAAGAAACAACUCGGCCUUGGUUUGCACAUUUUGUUACCAUUCCAUGUUGAAUCAGUGGCGCAAGUAUGAGGCGCAAAGUCCCAGCGUGAAUCCAGCGGAUCGUAAAUACAACUGGCACGAUUACAACUGUCACCUGUGCGGCAUUACGACUUACCGGAAGAGAGUUCGGGCCCUACCUGUCAAUGAGUUUCCCUUUGUUAAGCACCAAAAGAGCGAUGAUGGCCUGCUGCUGGAGAACGGAGAAUACGCGGUCGUCUGUCUGGACUGCUACGAGAGCUUAAGACAACAAGCCUCGCAGCACGAUCGCUUUGGGGUGCCCAUUUCCAGGCGGGCCUACAACUGGGUGCCCCAACCGCCUCCGCCGGAGGACAGUCCCGAAUCCGCAGUGGCCCGUUUGCCCUGCGGCGAACGCUCCGAUCGUAUUCACAUCAACAAUGCCAUGAGGCCCGUGCCAGGAAAGAAGACCACAUCGCCCAAGCAGUACGACAAGUCGAAAGAAGUGCCGCCGAAGGCUGGACAAAAGCGGCCGGCUACGAGCCCCGCACCGCACAUCCCCGUGCCGCACCACCUGCAGACGCCUCCUGGCGGCGGCGGUGGCGGCUUGCCGGGAUCAUCGGUGGCCAACAGCCCGGUUCCAUCGUCCGCCGGCGGCAACGCCAUGCUGAACCACGCCCUGCCCAGCAACCACAUCGGCACUCCAUCGCCGCAACAACAGCAGCAGCAGCAUCAGCACCAGCAACACCAACAGCAGCAGCAGCAGCAACACCAGGCCCAACAGCAGGCGGUGGCGGCUGCAGUGCAGCAACAGCUGGCAGCAGGAGUGGGCUUGCCACCGGGAGCUAUUGGUGCCGCGUCGGCCAGUAGCCGGGGCUCCUUUGCCGCCGCCCUGCGAACGCUGGCCAAACAGGCGGACAUCAAGGAGGAGGAUGUCGGCGGGGACAGGAGUGUGCCAACCUCGGGAGCCGGCGGUCAACCACCCUCGUCAUCUGGUCCAGGACCUUUGAACUCAGUGGCAGGACGUGUGGGAUCCGAGCGACCUGGCGACGAUCGAGUGGCCAGCAACAAGAAGCGGUCGCCUCCAUCGCCGCAGCCGCCGGAGAAGAUCGCCCGUCUUAGCCACACACCGCAAACGUCCUCGCUGCAACCGGAACUCCUGGCCAGGAGCGGAUUCCAGCCGUACAGAUCGGACGAGCGACUGAUGCAUCCGGCGGGCGCCUUUCCCCUGGAGGCCUACUCGCACUUUGCGGGACUGCCGGGAAUUCCGCCAGCAGCUUUUCUGAAUCCCGCUGGACUACCUUAUACGGAGCAGCUCUACCUGGAGCACCGAUACCAAUUGUUUCGCGCCGCCGGCGCUCAUCCCUCGCAUCCACAUGCCGCCGCACUGUAUCCCCAAAUGGCCUCGCCCUACUCCCACCUGUACUCGAUGAUGCCCGGAGCUGCAUUGGGCAUAUCGCCGGCGAUGCACGACCGGAUGAAAUUGGAGGAGGAACACCGGGCGCGGAUAGCGCGGGAAGAGGAACGCGAACGGGAAAUGCAGCGCGAGAAGGAGCGGGAGCUGCGAGAGCAGCGUGAGAAGGAGCAGCGGGAGAAGGAGCAACGAGAGAAGGAGCAGAGGGAGAAGGAGCAGCGGGAGCGGGAGCAGCGCGAGAAGGAAGCACGGGAACGCAAACUCCGGGAUGAGGAGCGCGAAAGGGAGCGGGAACGCCAGCAGCUACUGAAUGCCUCGCAUCACUACUCGAACCAGUUGUACUCCCCACUGAACCGCAAUCUUCUGGGUUCCAUGAUCCCACAUCUCAAUAUGAGCUUGCGAGGACCGCCAGGAGCACUCCAUGGUCUGCCCGGAAUGUCGCAUUACCAUGCGGCGGCGGCGAAUGCUCAGCGGCAGAGCCCACACGGAGCCAUGGGUCUUAAUCUCGGGAUGGCUGGGCUUCCGGGUGUGGGAGUUUCUCCAUUGGGCGGUCACGGGCCCAAUCUGCAGCACCACCUACAGCAGGCGGCCAUGGGCUUGGCUCAUCCGGGGGCCGCUGGCCUCACGCAUCCUGGUUUCUCAGCCGCUGCCCUUGGCCUCAGCGCCCAUCCGCACAGCCUGAACCUCAGCCAUCCGCACAUGUCGCCCCACCAUCCCGCCUCGCUGGCCCACCAGUUGCCACCGCACACCUCUUCGGCCGGCGGAGGAGUGAUGAGCAACUCCAUUCCCGUGACAGCUAGCUCGAGCCUGUCUUCAUCCUCACCGCACACCAGCUUAAACCUGACGGCAGCUGUGAAGCUGAGCGCCGAUCAGGUGCCCACAUCGAUGGCCAGUGGUGGUGGCAGUGGAAUGCCGCCCACCACCUCCAGCUCCCACAUUCCCAACAUGGGUCCCUACUACCACCACGGGCAUUUGGCGGCCAUGCAUGCUGCUGCGGCGGCGGCAAGCGGAAUGACUCCGACGGCAGCCCAUCAGCAGCAGCCCCUGUCGCUGCCCAGCUCGCCCAAAAUCACGCCUCCCAUCACGCCAUCUUCCUCGGCGAACGGAGGAAGAGCAGGAGGUAGCCCACAUGCCAUGAGGCAUCAUAUAGCCGCAGCAGUGGCUGCUGCCGCCCAACAAUCAGCCAUGAUCGACAAGGCAGCCACGCCGGUGACCCAUGAACCGGCCACCUUGGAUUUGACCGGAUCAAAUUCAAAUUCCAGCAACCAGGCGCCAUCCAACGCUAGCAGUGGUCCGCCAGCGAAUCACGAAGUGAACGGAGCCGAAUCCAAUGGAGCAUCGCAGUCAGAGAGCAAGGAACACGUGGCAGCUAACAAAGAGGAUCCCCUAAAAGGUUCUCCGCCUCCAGUGGCUCUUGAAAAGAAGCCGGCCACACCAAAUGCAUCCAUGGACAAACCCAUCCAUCCAGACAGCUCGCCGGAGAACUCAUCGCGGCGCAGUGCCAGCCCGCAAUCGGAGACCAAUCACUCGCUACCAGCGGCCAAUGCCACGGCAGCCGCAUCAGAUGAUAGCAAACCACAGCUGGGAGGAUUGGGUCGCAGCAACAGCGCAGAGGAGGCAGCAGCAUUAUGACACCAACUCUUCAGCAAUUCCAAUAACUAACUAAUGAAAAACUACAGCGACAUUGGGAUGUAUUUGCUGUCGGAGCAAGCUCUUCACCAGCAGCGCAAGCGGAUGCUAGACGAGUUCUUGAAGCUCUAGGAUGAUCCUGAAAGAGCAGGGAGGGACGGCCAAGAAAGGACACCAUUUGUCCGCUAUAAAUAAUACAAUGUACAUUCUAUAACAGAUAUCAGAUAUUUGUUUGUUCUCGGUGUUACAAUCUAACGUUUACCCAACCAGUUGAAUACAAUUCUACCACAAUUAGACAUUUUGAAUUGGUGUAAAAAUCGUAUCUGCAUAAAAUGUAAAAUAUUGUGACAUAUUCCAAGUAAAUUAAAUACUCUCGAAUGAAACGUUAUCAAUAAGAAUUUUAGGUACGUACUUGCAUGGAACUCUGGAUGAUAGUUUUCGUGAGAAAAUUAAUGCUAGUUGUAAAGUUAGACUAAAAUUCUAAUAAGAAAUUUAUAUAUACACGAAAGAAACAGAAAUUAUACAAAACAUACUGGGUAGCUAUAUUUUAUUCUUAAAUUGCUAAUUGCUAAUAAUUGUGAUUUGGAGAGUACGAAUAAAAACGGAAAACGUAUGAAAAUGUAACUCGAAUACAAAGUGGGGAAAACGGAACUGAAAUUUAGAUAACAAAUCAAAUCAAAAACCUAGAGAGAUAUUCUGGAAUGAAUUAGUAGUGAACAGCGAAAGGUUGAAAUUAUUUUUCGAAAUUGAUCAUUUUUUGUAAGCCACCCUUUGGCCCUUAAUUCUGAUUUUUUUUUUU